AUGCGAUUCCCCAGUAUUCCUGCCGCGCUGUCCACAAUACCCGCGUUGGUGCACGCUCUUGGCGUUAGACCGGGGCAGAUCUCCAGCCUCGUCACCUUCGGGGACUCCUACACCGACGUCGUGAACACCGGGGACCGAGGCGUCGCGUGGCCCGUGUACGCCGCCGGGCUCGCCGGGGUGGCGCUGUUCCCGUUCGCCCGCUCCGGCGCGACGUGCUCGAACAACAUCACUUUCCGCCCGUUCCCGUCGGUGUUCGAGAGCCAGCUGCCGCUGUACUUCGAGGAAAAGGCGAACGGGACGACGCGGCUCGACCCAGCGCGGACGGUGUACACGCUGUGGAUCGGCACCAACGACGUCGGGGUGAAUUCGCUGAUCAGGGGGGGCAACAAAGCGUCCAUCGUCGAUACGACGGCCUGCGCUGUCAACUGGGUGAGCGCGUUAUACGCCAGCGGCGCGAGAAACUUCAUCUUUCAAAAUAUGAUUCCUUUGCAGCUGGUGCCCUUGUAUGCUGCGGAUUCGUGGCCGAACCGGUUCUGGACGGCGCCGCGCAACACCACGGAAUGGAGCGUCUUCAUGACGGAGUUGACGCUGUCCGGAAACGCCCUCUCCCAACUGAUGCUGAAAGACCUGGCAAGCAAGUUAAGAGGCGCUCACAUCGCGCUUUUCGACUCCCAUAGUCUAUUCCAAGACAUGUUUGAUCAGCCGUCGCUAUAUUUAAACGGAACCGCACCUUUGAACGUCACGGGCGCUUCAGAAGCGUGCGUGUUCCCCUUGGACGGCGAGCCAGGCACCCCGGUUUGCACGACGACGCUGGGGGCCGAUCGGGAUAGCUUCCUGUGGGUGGACGAGCUGCAUCCCAGCGAACAAGCUGACCGCAUUGUGGCGAGAGAAAUUGCAGAGGUCAUCCGGGGGAAGGCGAACAGGUGGACCACUUGGCUCAGUUAA